AUGGGCUGUCUCAUGCCGGCAACUCUGGAGGGAGCCACGGUUAUGGCUGCAUCAAGUUCAAGUAAGUGAGUACUGCCGCUUAAUUUACUAUGCACAUCACCAACGAUCGAUACACUAAAUGCAGCAGUAUUCCGAUCUUGGGGGUUUGUCAGUUGCAAUCAACUCGAGAAACCGCAGGCCAACCGAUCCUAAUGCUGCGGUUAAACAGUUGACAGGAAAAAUGAAACGCAGAUCGUAUUCGGGGUCUAAUUGCAAACUCGCGACAUCUAAUUUAAGACGAAAAACCGUGAAGAAGGGUGGGAAUAGGGAUAGGAUUCAAAUAUAUUGAAAUGAAGACAGCCGAAAUCGGGAGUGUAACAACCCUCAAAUCGAUUGUCUUUAUCGCCCUUUCGAUAAACAUCAAAACACCACUGCGAAUGGAUAAAGUCAAUGGAUUUCGGUUUACCUGAUUCAUGCAUUACUUUCCACACAAGAUUAAAAGUGUGUCGACUCGACUGAGAAGUCCAUACACGCCAGGAGAUAAUAAUUUUCCUGAUUAAAACUAACUAAGUGCAUGGUAUAGGUGCUCAUAGAAGAUAGUACAUAGCCUCUUCUGACCGCUGUUGUAAGUCCAAUUAAGAAUAAAACAAUUGGCUUUCAUUACUCGUAUACAUUUAGUAUGAAUUGAGGCCUUGUAUAAUAUUUAUGAGUAAUCUGGUCAACUGACUAUUUUUCCCUCUUUCUAACCUGCCACCAACCCAUUCCCUUCUCCACAUUUGACUAAAGCACCGUUCAAUCGAUAGCUGACGACACUGCGGCGUCCAUUUCCGGCAUAAUUAUAUCGGGAACUCACUUUGCAUUGCUGCACCAACUAUAAUCCAACUAAAUUGAUAGAACCACCAUCGAGACGCGAACACAGAACAACGCUGCAUCAUAUAUAAACGAGGGAGCAUGUGGUCUAAAUUUAACAGAUAUCCAAAUUGCAUGAUAGGAUAUCAUGCGAUAUAUUAAAAGCUGGUUUAUGGGCGUCAACACAAUGGAGGCCGUGAACAUAAAAUCGCAUUCAGUAGUAUAGGAUUCCUUUUGGGAAUGUUUGGGAGUGCAAAUAAUGUCAUUAGAGGGAGAAAUUGCUUAAUAAAUUUUAGAGACUACGUGCGUUUGCUCACCUUCGAAACGCAUUAGUGGUGUCUGAAAUGGACGGCUUAACAUAGCCUUCAAUUUCGGGACGAAUUUUCAAUAAGUAAAUUUUUGUUCAUUUAGAGUCCAGUUCGUGUAUUUGGCUGUGUCAAAUGUGUCUGGGCUACACAAUUACAUAAAUAUUCUGUAAGGAAGAUACCACGUUCUGAGGAGAUAAAAAGACGAAUGUUGAAGAAGCAGCUGAGGAAGUACCAAGUUGAGGGGAAGAGAAGGAUGAGACAUCAGGGAAGCAGGCGGAUGGGGCGGGGGAAAAACAUGGUCAGAGAAAGUACGAGGAAGUGAAGACGCUGGAAUGAUGCCUAUUUUCUGUACCGAAGCGGGAGUUCCUUUUCAGUUGUAGACAUUAUUUUGAGCUGUAUAGACAGUCUCCGGACUCGUUAGCAUUUCAUUUGCAAAAACUCCCUGAAAUGUGUUCGGACAGUUGGCAGAGGAAAGUAGGAAGAGACGAAGACGUCGGAAUGGCGCCUAUAUUUCCUACAGAAGUGUGAGUUCCGCUUUCAUUACAUAAACUAUUUUGGGCUGUAUACACAGUCUCCGGAUCGUUACCAUUUCCAUUAGAAAAAAUUCUCUGGAGUUGGUUUGAACAGUCGGCAAUGAUUAUUGUGAAUAUUUCCUCAGAAAUAUUCUGUCAGAACCGGGCCACGUUCUGAAACUCGACCCGACCUACAAAAAUAGCUCGGAUUAAUUCUCUCAAACAGUCACAAUUUCUAUUUAGCAUGCUGUGUUAACUCAAAGAAAUUAAUCUGGGAUUCCAUUGCAACAUACCAGCCUUGAAAAUGCAACCCCACAGAAAAUCAAGAUACCUUCAUUUGCAGUGCUUACGGUGCAAAACAGUAGGAUAGUUUUGGUAGAACAGUCCAUGUCCCUGCCUCUCAAAUCAUUGAACUUCCACAGUAAAUAGUUAAAAAAGAGGUAUAUGAAAGUACUCAAAUCGAUAAAAAUCCGAACGGUCACGACUCGGACUCAUCUGAGCGAGAAAUUACUGAGCGAUUUGCGCAAACCAAAAAAAUAACGUGGAUGGUGUCUGCAAAAUCUUUGGAUUAUGCUGGAAGAUAAUCAACGCAAAAACCGCACUAAAGUAAUCCUUCCCAACUGAACACGCAUUCCAGAGUUUCGAAUAAUGUGUCAUGAGAUCGGUCACAGGCUGUACAUGUCCGCGUAUCCUUGCUAGUAUGACAUCCGAGACAAAAUUACCACCAGUAACUGCAUCUAAAUCUUAUCUGAGGAAUGGUAGUAGAUCUUUUUCGAGAUGCGGUUGAAGAUCGCGUUCAGAUCACCAGAAUAAGUGUGCCGCGGCAAAUAAUAACGGCUAAGAUAGUAAAAAUGCGCAAGUACCAUAAUGCCAGGACCAAAUCGUCACGAGGAUUGGGGUUGAUGAGAUAUCGUAGCAAAGGCGUUGCGUGCGGGGCCCACCACUGGAACGCGCCAGUCAAUCAGAACUGUGUGGGAGUAACGAUCUGCUGAGAACGCCCCUCACUUUCACCUGUGGUAAAGGCAGAGAGACGAACUGGCUGGGUCCCAGUGCUUGGUUGCUCUUGUGAAUGCAGAAUUCGCAGAAGUUAUGACUCAGCCAGUCUCUGGCGCAGAAGGCUGUCGCAGGAGCAUUGUCUGAAGAAUAAGUGAAAGACGUGUGACGAAUAGAAGAGCGAAUAAGGCGCAUAAGUGCACAAGAACAAUUACGGAUAAGUAGGUACUGGACUGGACUGAGCAUUUAGGAUAAAGAAUUUCAUUUUAUUCAAAUCCUCAUAAGUCAUGCUGGCGAGAGCAUCGAGCUGUACGCGUAGGAGCAGGUGGAGGACGUAGGGGAUGAUGCGAGUGUCGAAUAAUGACGAUGAGCGAUGAUGAUGACGAUGACGAUGGUGAUUGUGGCUUGGAGGGGGAAGAGGAGGAUGAGGAGGAGGUGGAGAUUAGUUUCGAUGAUGGGAAGGAAAUAAAAAAGACGAAUGUUGAGGAAGCAGCCGAGGGAGUAGCAAGCUGAGGGGAACUAUAUGAAAGAGGAAGAGGAGGCGGUAGAAGAGACAUUAGAGAAGCAGGACGAUGGGGAGAGGAAAAACGCAGUCAGAGGUGGAAUCAAAAAAACGGAAUGAUGAGUGAGAGGACGGGAACGGGAGGAUGAGGGGGGAGGAGGAGAAGGAUGCGUAAGUAGACGAGAAUUGGGAAGCAGAGUACGGUUAGGGCUGUGGGGUAGAUAAGGAAGCAACGGUGUGAGAUGAUGAGGAAUACGAGCUAGAGGAGUUGGAGGAAGAAAGAAGAGGGUAAGAAAAUGCGGAAAAGGAAGGGGGAAGGUGGGCGAAUAACGGCAGUGGGGUUUGUUGCGGCGGUGUUGUCCGUGGUGGUUGUGCCGUCGGUGGUGAUGCUGUUGUUUGUGGUGCCGGUGGUUAGUGUUACGGUGGUGAUGGUGGUAGUGUGUUUGGUUGUGUUGGUCGUGGUUAUGCUGUUUGUUGUAGGGGUGAGGUGGAUGAGUUGAUGGUUGUGGUAGUGUUGUUGGUGGAGUUGGUUUUGCUUUUGGUGGUGUUGGCGGUAGUUGUGGUGUUGGCGGUUGUGGUGGUAGUGAUCGUGGUUUUGUUAUUGCAGGUGAUGGUGGUGGAGUAGGUUGUGGGGUUCUUUCCGGUGUUGGUGGUAAUUGUGGUGAUGGUGACUGUGGUGAUGAUGAUGGUGGUGGUGGUGGUGUUGGUGGUGGUGGUGGUGGUGGUGGUGGUGGUGGUGGUGGUGGUGGUUUUGGUAGUGAAUGUGGUGGUGGUGUUGGUAUUGACGGUGGUGGUGUUGGUGUUGCUGGUGGCUGUGAGGGACGUGGUGAUGGUGGUGGUCCGAAUCCCCACUGCUGA